AUGACUGAAACGACACCAACAGUUAGUACUAAGCUCGAAUUUCUGGUGGAUUUUAAUCAACAAGAACAAGCCGAUCGAUUGCGAAAACUACUAACUGAUCGUAAAGACAUUACACAUAUUGAUAUUGAUCCAUCAUCGAAACGUGUUGUACUGGACACAACAGAACAAUCAUCAAAAAUUCAAAAAUUAAUUGAACAGUCUUUGAACACAAAUGCUGUGCUUUUAGGCACUGGAAAAUCUGCCGGUGCAGCCGCUGUUUCUGCGCUUUACAGUAAUAUCAAUCGACCAUUUGAACGUCGUGUUCAUGGUUUAGUUCGAUUUAUUCAGGCUGAUGACGAACAAUGUAUCAUCGAAGGGACGAUCGAUGGUCUUUUACCAAAUUCACCUGCGAAGAUUAAUAUUCAUGAAUAUGGGGAUCUCUCGAACGGAUGCGAUAGUUGUGGCGACCAUUAUCAACCGUCGAAACCUUCUAAUGGAUCAAACGGUGUUCUUGGGCAAGUGAUGACUGAUGAAAGUGGAACCGCUGACUUUCGUUUGCUCAGAACUCAUUUACAUGUACCCGAUCUCAUUGGGCGAUCAUUCGUAGUUCAAACUUCUGAUUCUCAACGUGUUGCUUGCGGUAUUAUCGCACGAUCUGCUGGCAUUUUCGAAAAUACAAAACGACUCUGUGCUUGUUCCGGUGCUACGGUUUGGCAAGAACGACAAGAUGUUAAAAAAAGUUUUCAAUAA